GGCUCCCCCACCCCAGCUGCCCCGUGGCCCCGGCCUCAGUCCUGGCCCAGCGGAGGUUCUGCGGACAUUCAGGGAUCGGCUUUGCCACUGAGCCCUCAGGCCUCUUCCAAGCACCACCCCACGCCCCUAGCCAUCCUCGGCAGGUCCCAAUCCCGGCUCCAUCAGCGCCCUCGGCCCAGCCGCAGCUAUGCUGCACACCGAGGGCCACGCUCUUCUUCGGGCCGUGGGUCAGGGUAAGCUACGUUUGGCCCGUUUGCUUCUGGAGGGUGGCGCCUACGUGAAUGAGGGUGAUGCCCAGGGGGAGACUGCGCUAAUGGCGGCAUGUCGGGCCCGCUACGAUGACCCCCAGAACAAGGCGCGCAUGGUACGCUACCUCCUGGAGCAAGGCGCAGACCCCAACAUCGCAGACCGCCUCGGGCGCACAGCGCUUAUGCACGCUUGCGCGGGGGGUGGGGGCGCCGCCGUGGCCUCGCUGCUCCUGGCCCACGGCGCAGACCCCUCCGUCCGAGAUCACGCAGGCGCCUCGGCGCUUGUCCACGCACUGGACCGCGGGGACCGCGAGACGCUUGCCACGCUGCUGGAUGCCUGCAAGGCCAAGGGCACGGAGGUUAUCAUCAUCACCACCGACACCUCGCCCUCGGGCACCAAGAAGACCCGGCAGUAUCUCAAUUCUCCACCGUCCCCGGGGGUGGAGGAACCUGCUCCCGUCCCUCCUAGCCCGGGGGCUUGCACGUCGCCUUCGGAAAUCCAACUGCAGACUGCUGGAGGAGGGGGGCGGGGGUUGUUAUCCCCCUGCGCCCAAGAGGAAGAAGAGAAGCGGGACGUAUUUGAAUUCCCUCUUCCUAAGCCUCCCGAUGACCCCUCCCCUUCUGAACCUCUCCCCAAGCCACCCCGUCACCCCCCAAAACCACUCAAAAGGCUCAACUCUGAGCCCUGGGGCCUAGCGGCCCCUCCCCAACCAGUCCCGCCGGCCGAGGGGAGACCAGGGGUUGAACGCCUGACCGCUGAGUUCAACGGCCUGACGCUGACGGGUCGACCACGUCUUUCUCGACGUCACAGCACCGAAGGCCCGGAGGAUCCGCCCCCGUGGGCGGAGAAAGUGACGGGAGGCGGGGCUCUCUCUCGCAGAAACACAGCGCCAGAGGCUCAGGAGUCUGGUCCCCCUUCAGGAUUGAGGCAGAAACUGAGCCGCAUGGAGCCGGUGGAGCUCGACACCCCCGGACAUCUUUGCCCCGACUCUCCAGAGUCUAGCCGCCUGUCCCUGGAGCGCCGCCGAUACAGCGCCUCCCCGCUGACCCUCCCUCCAGCCAGCUCGGCUCCCUCUCCGCGCCAGUCCCAGGAGAGUUUGCCAGGGGCUGUAUCUCCGCUGAGCGGGCGAAGACGGAGUCCUGGGCUGCUGGAGCGGAGGGGCUCGGGGACGUUGCUUCUGGACCACAUCGCUCAAACGCGGCCCGGCUUCCUGCCCCCACUCAACGUCAGCCCCCACCCUCCCAUCCCCGACAUUCGCCCCCAACCCGGAGGUCGGGCGCCUUCGCUGCCCGCCCCUCCCCAAGCAGGGGUGCCAGGUUCUCCCAGGACCAAGCGCAAGUUGGUGAGGCGCCAUUCCAUGCAGACUGAGCAAAUCCGCUUGCUAGGGGGUUUCCAGAGUCUAGGUGGGCCGGGGGAGCCAGGGCGCUGACAGGAGGGAGAGGAGCCAGGGAGGGUAGGUAUCAGGGCCUUGAUGGGACAGGAGGGGGAACCAACUCACACACACCAUGCACAUAGGGGUCUCUUGGAUGUGCUCAUGGGCACAGUACAUGCACACAUGGGUAAACGUGUCCACAAGCACAGUCCUCUUACUUGCAGGGAAGGGUAAAUUCUCUAUUCGCUGGGCAUACAAACACAUGCAUUCAUGCCCUGAUCACUUUACAUGCAUGUGGGAUUACUUGUGUACCCACAGAUGUGGUACACCAGUAAAUACACAGGGUCGCUUGUGCUGGCGCUCCAAAUGGGCCCCAAACUUAACUGCAUUUGUUCAGAAGCAGUAGGUAACCCCUUCUUUGGGGUAGUCCCUGAUCUCUUUGCCCUCCUGCUGAAAACUUCACCUAAAUAGCAAUCCCUUGCUUUCCAUGUGUGCCCCACAACACAGGCCCCAUCAUGAUUUUGCACACACUACCCUCUUCAUGAAUGUCCCACACUGUUCUACAGGUCUUGCCUCUCUCUCCAGGCCGGGCCCCUUGUUCACACUCUGCUUCCAGUCCCACUUUUCAGGAUAUCUUCCUCUUCACUCUUCUUGGGGGUUUCCUGAGCAACCCCCAGUCUCAGUUCUGCUGCUGCCCUCCUGCUCUCAGCUUCCCUUCUCAACUUCCCACUUUUUAUUCACACGCCAUUCCACCAGCCAGUCCAUUACAGCAGAUUGUCUCAUUUUCCAGGGGAUGGGUCAUGGGCUCUAAGUUGCUCUUCUGUUCUCUCUGAGCUUAUGAACACUCCCCCAGGUAGAAGUGGGGAGUAACACAAAAUCACUCCUCUCUCUACUUGACAUAUCAAAUAAAUGUAUUCAGAAGUC